AUGGACAAUUUUGUAGCCAACCGAGUAGCGAAAAUCCAACAGAUUGCUGAAAAUCAUCCUUGGAAUCAUGUUCCUGGAUGCCAAAACCCCGCCGAUCUCAUUUCAAGAGGUGUACUUCCCGAAGGCAUAAUCAGCAACAAUCUAUGGUGGGAAGGACCAUCUUGGUUAUGGAAAGAGCAACGGCAUUGGCCAGAUCAACCUGUCCCAGCAGACACCACAGAAGCAGAGGGAGAAUUUCGCCGAUCAGCAGCUAAUUACGCCACUGUGCAGCAAGAUGGAUUUACGGAUUGGUAUCUCAGCAAGUUUUCGACGUUUACUGAUCUGAUCAGACGUACCGCUUACUGGCUCCGAUUGCUGGAAAUUUUGAGACAGCACAGGAGAGACGAAUUAUCACAAGAUUUUCUUAAUACUACGGAAUUGACUGAUGCGGAGUAUGCUAUAAUACGAUGCGUGCAGAAGAAAGAGUUUGAAAGAGAGUGGAAGGCAUUAUCCAAGGGUGAAACUGUUGCCAAGGGCUCCAAAAUUCGUUGGUUCAAUCCAACACUAUCUCCAGAAAAUUUAAUUCGAGUGGGGGGUCGAUUAGAGUAUUCGUCAGAACCUAUAAGUAAGAAACAUCCAAUUAUUCUCCCAGCUCUGCAUCCUCUUACUAAGAUGAUCUUCGAGCACUACCACAAGCAAUUGCUGCAUGCAGCUCCCCAGCUACUUUUAGCAACAGUGAGACAGCGGUAUUGGCCUUUAGGAGGACGCAAUUUAGCCCGCGAGGUGUACCACAAUUGCAAUCGUUGUGCUCGUUUGAAACCGAAGCAAAUUCAGCAAUUCAUGGCAGAUUUACCAGCAGCGCGUGUUAACGUGGCGAGACCCUUUCUUAAGACUGGUGUCGAUUACUUUGGUCCUAUUUUAAUUUGCCAUGCACCACGUCGACCUGCCUCUAAGGCAUAUGUAGCCGUAUUUGUCUGUAUGUGCACAAAGGCGGUACACCUAGAAAUAGUAACUGACCUUUCAACUGAACGUUUUAUCCAGGCUUUGCGCAGAUUUAUCGGAAGAAGGGGGAAAUGUUCGGAUAUUUUUUCGGACAAUGGUACCAAUUUCGUUGGAGCCCACAACCAACUAAAGGAUUUAUCCAAGUUUCUCAAAAAUGAAGAGUAUAGAGAGAAAAUAACCAGAGAAUGCGCCAACGAAGGAAUACAGUGGCACUUCAAUCCGCCUAGCGCCCCACAUUUUAGAGGUUUGUGGGAGGCAGCGGUAAAAUCGGCAAAAAUCCAUCUCAUGAAAGUUGUAGGCGAUACGGUGUUGUCCUUCGAGGAUAUGAGCACGUUGCUAGUUCAGGUUGAAGGUUGUAUGAACUCGAGACCUUUGAUCUCAAUGUCCGAUGACCCAAAUGAACUAGAGCCUCUCACUCCAGGACAUUUUUUAAUAGGAACGACUAUGCAUCAACUACCGGAUAUGAAUGUCAGCGAGAUUCCUAUGAACCGACUCAAACAAUGGCAAGCCACCCAGAGGAUAUUGCAGUGUUUCUGGAAGAGAUGGAGAUCGGAGUAUUUGACACAUUUGCAGAAGCGUACAAAAAGGUGUCAACCACCAAUUCCCAUUGCUGUAGGACAACUAGUUAUCGUACGCGAUGAAAACUUACCACCAACUCGAUGGAAAAUGAGUCGCAUUAUCCAAUUACAUCCUGGUAUGGACAGAGUAGUUACUUUGAAAACAGCUACCGGCCACAUGAAAAGACCAGUUGAAAAAAUAUGUUUGUUGCCUACAGCCAGCCAACCUCACGAUACUGAAUAA